AUGAAAAUAAAUAAAAAUGUAUUAUUAAUAGUGUUUAUAUAUUUACUAAAUUGCAUAAAUGCAUUCAAUAUAAAAUCAAGCACAAUUAUUGAAAAAAAUACAAAUGUUUUAGGUGUGGAGUUUGAUUAUGCUUUAAUGGAUUUGGAGUUUGAUAGAGAAGUUUACAGGGUUAGAAAUGUACCAUGUGGAAACUACGAUUGUCAAUUACCAAUAGUUAAUGGUAUUGACUGUUCAUGCGAUUAUGCAGACCCAAAUAAAUGUGGAAAAGAAUUGGAUCCAUCAUGCAACAGAGUAUGUAAUACUACAACCAGUCAAGGUUAUAAUAUAUGUGAAGAUUAUGAAUGGACACAAAUCGAAGGUAACAAACCAACCAAUUUUCAAUCUAGUGAUGUCAUUUAUCUUCGUUAUAAAUCAAAUUCAACUAUUUGCGAAGGUCUUAGAAUUGAGGCAUCUCAAAAUCAAGGAAGAUUUCAUAUGAUUAUAACAAAUUUAGAAGCUAUUUCAGGUAGAAUCACACCCAAUGUUAAUCCAGAUUCAUUUAUUCAACCAGCUUUUUGCCCAUCUGAUAAUGGCAAAUUAGGUGAUGAUAAUCAAAAUCUUGAUGUUUGGAAUCUUGAUACUUAUUUUAUAACAAUUGUACCAGACUCCUCUUUUAUAGACAUUAAUAUAACAAUCAUUUCAAAAGAAAUUCCACCAGUUUCAGAUUUACCCACCCAAACUUGUGCAAAUAUAACAAUUGAUCACGAAUGUAUUGUUGAUGGUAUACCAGUUUCUAAUAAAGCAAUUGUUGAUGGUGAAAAAUUUUUUUAUACUUUUCUUGUCGAAAAAGCAGCAAUUUAUUCAUUUUCAGCACCAUCAAUCAGCCAAGAUAUAGAUUUCUUUAUUUCUGAUAGUCCAAGUAUUAUGUAUCCAGAUUAUGAUAGCUCUGCAAAAUGGGAUUGUUCAAAUGAAAAUGAUGAUUAUAUAACUUUAUCUUUAAAACCAAAUAGUGAUGGUACACCAAAAGUAUUGUAUAUUGGUGUUACAGCAUUUUAUGCAUCAGAAUUUACAUUUACAGUUACAAGUUUAGGAUAUCAAGAAUUGGUACCAAUUUAUGAAAAUUUUCCAAGAGGUGGAGCAUUUGCACUUUUAGGUUCAUCUAGAUUAAUUUUACCAAAUAAUAGUAUUUAUAGAUGUAAUUUUUGGUUUCUUUGUGUAUAUUUUACUAUUUUAUUCCCAUUUCAAGAGAGUUUCCCAGUUUGGCCAAUUCCAACCAACUUUGCAGAUGAUUAUAGAUUCAAUCAAAUAACUUUUUAUAGCGAAGAUAAUGUUCCUGCCUCAUCACACUAUUCUUCAGCAUUUUUAUUAUCAACUACAGAAGGUGAUUUCCAACAAUUAAAUAAAGAGUUUAACGAUCUGGUAAAUUCAUCAAUUGAAUUUUUAAGUGUUUUAGUCGAUGAACAUGGCGAGCCAUUGGAAGGUAUAUUCAGUUUUACAUUAAAAAAUUUAACAUGCGACCAUAUGGAGUUUAAUAAAGUUUUAGAGAAAAUGGAUCAAGAGGAGGGAAUGCUUUAUAAUAAUACAGAUUUUGGUGUAGUAAAUUCAAUUAUUUUUAGUAUUGAUACAUUAACUCUUUCAAAUUCAUGGACAGCCUGUAGCCAAAGAGCUAAUAGUUACUUACAAACCACUGAUAAAUUAGUCAAUAAAAGUUUAUCAAUUUGUUCCUAUUCCCCAACUGACCCAGAAUAUGAUUUGGAUCCAUGCUGUAAUGUUACUCUUUCAUUUUUCCAAUGUUGCCAACCCAAGAAUAUCCAAGUAAAUGUAUCAGAAUUUAUCGAUGUACAUAAAGACCUAAUUAGUGAUCAGUGCUUUAGUACAGACUGCACAGAAUCAGUAUUAAGAGAAUAUUAUUCUAGUUUAUCAGUUGUUGGUGAAUGUGAUGUACCUGCCUUUGUUUCAACCAAAUCUGCCUUAGAAAUGAGAAUUAUCUUAAGAGAAUGUAAAGAAAACAUUAAAUUAAAGAAAUGUACUCAAGAUUCAGAUUGCUCAGAGUAUGGAAGUGAUACGGUUUGCGAGCUUUUUACAAGAACUUGUAUGGUACCACCGGAACAAUUGGAUCUUAUCUAUUUAAGUUGUGUUUUCGAUAGACUACCAGCUGUUUAUACUUAUACCUUUUUAAAUGCACAUGGUUUACAAUAUAAUGAAACAAUGAUAGAAGAUAUUUUAAAUGUUGCAUCAAUGGAAGAUUGUACCUAUGUUUCUGGUUUCAGCUAUCGUUCAACCUAUUCUUAUUACUCUGGAGAUGUUAGCCAAGACAGAGAUUUUACCUGUUAUGCAACCAAAGAUUGUUUGGAUCUUUCUUGCCAAACUACUCACGAUGUUUGUUUUGAUGGCCAAGUUGGUAAUUGGUUUAUGGAAAAAUCAGAUUCUCUAGAUACUUGUGCUGAUUUUGGUUUUUGUCCAGUAGGGGAAUUCUGCAAUGGAGUUCCAGAAAGCAGUGUUCAAUGUGAAGAUGCCUGUAACCUUCAUACAGAAUAUUGUGGUUAUUGUUCAAGUAACUCUUCAGAUUGUUUUUAUUUCAAGGAGGCCACUACAAAAACAACAUGUCAAAAUAAAGAUGCUUGUCUUUUACCAAAUGGCGAAUAUCAAUUUGGUAUUACUGCCACUGCUUGUGAAGCCAAAGGUGAAUGUAGUGUUCCAUGUGAUAGGAAAUGUGUCGGUAAUGGUUUCAAAUAUUGUGCAAUUCUUGGUAAAGACUCUGAAGAUUACCCAGUAUAUUUCGACCAAGCUGCGUGUACUGCUAUAACUGGGGCCAUUUGGAAUAGUACUCUUGAGAUAUGUUAUAUGAACACCACUAAAACUGAAGCUGCAUGCAAAGCAGGCAACAAACCAGAAUCCUCAAUGUUUUACAUUUGGACUGACUGUGAAUCAUUGCCAAAUGAUGAGUGUUAUGAUGUGGCUUAUGGAACAUGCCAUUUACAAGAUAUUAAAUGCACGACCAAGGCUCAAUGUGAAAAAGCAGGUUCAUGUAGUGACUCAUAUUUCUUUAAUCCAGAAAAUACACCAGAAUACCCACUUAAUCUAGGAAAAUGUGUUAGAGGUCAUUUUGUUUAUAAGAGUGGUUUCUUUAUUCCAAGUUGCGAUUGUUAUGCUCAAAAAGAUUCACCAAUGGGUUGCUUCUCUUACUAUCCACAAUUUUACAGAAAAUCUACAUGUCUAACACCAGAAAACCAAGAAUUGGGUUAUAGUUGGUGGUCACCAGCUAAGACACAAGAAACAUGUGAAGCUAAGAAGGGUUGUAAAAUUUUAGAUACUUCAACUUAUAAUCUUCCAUACAAUUUUAGAUUUAAUAAUAUGACUGAGGAGGAAUGCUCAGGCUGUGGUCAAGAUUCAUUUAAUUCGUGGGAAAAUUUAUUCAAAUGGACAGGUGGUGUUUGGCAGCAAGGUAUACCUGUUAAAGCACAAUGGAGAGAAAAUAAAUACAUUAAAUCUGGUGUGGUAAAGAAUGUUUUAGAUUAUCAAUAUCUUUUUGCAAAAUUGGGAAACUCUGUAAAUACUCAUAUUGCCGAUCUUUAUCGUUCAGAAGUACUAUGUAGAAUGGAGCGUGUAGAAGGUAACCUUCGUUCAAUUAGUUGCAGUUGCUCAGAUUAUGGUUCACCAGAAUGUUUCUCUUCAUCAUCCCUACUUUUGGGUCAAACUAAACCAUGCUCAGGUGAAAACUCCACUUAUUCAUUCUCUUAUGGUGAACUUUUAUUCUAUGGCAAUUCAGUUCAAUUAGGUUGUACUUCAGUAUUGGUUUCACAAGUUUCACAACAACUUUAUAAAUCAACUACUGCUCAAACUCUUUCAUCAAAUUUUGUAUCUUAUAAAAAACCAAAUAAUUAUGGUGUAAUGAACGAUCAAAACGCUAUUAUUGGUACAAUUUUAGGGGAUGGUGUUACAAUUAAUACACAAGGUGUUUCAAUUCUAUCAAUUUGCCUUCAAUAUAAUGGUACCAAAUAUUCAAAUGAAUACAAAGUUUAUGAUUUUGCAAUGGCAUCUUCUUCAACACCUCUAAGACCAAUGGAGUUAGAAACCUUUACAGUUUUAACAACAGAUGGUGUUCGAUUACUUUGUGGUAACAUAACAAAUUUCACUGAGGAUAAAUCAUUCUUCCCAAUUAUUCGUUUCGAAAGCUAUAUAGAUGAAAGUAAAGAAUAUUUUGAUAAAACAGCUCAAGGUCUUAUUUAUACAUUGGCUGUUAUUUUCUUAUUAACCUCGCUAUGGGGCAUAUUCCAAAUUACCAUGGUAUUUGUUAAAAAGUAUAAAGGUAUUGAACAAAUUAGAUUGGUACACUUUUUAAUUUUAAUUGUAACAUUAUUUAUUUUGGUCAGAACCAUUUAUUUCUUUAUUAUCCCAUCCGGUGUUUUACAAAAUAAUUCAGUUGGUGAUUAUGUUUUAGUUGUAUUACCAACAUUUAUUUAUUUUACAGCUUUUACAAUUAUUAUUUCAUUAUGGUAUAUGAUUGUUAGCUCCAAAGAUUCAGGAAAAACUUUAUUAAAGAGAUUGAAAGCAAUCAUUUUGUGGACCAAUGUAGUAUUAUAUCUUUUAUUUAUUAUAAUUGUCUUGGUAUUUAAUUAUACCGAAGAUAACCCACGAAAUGAUUGUGGCUCAAGAAUUGUAAUUGAUGUAUCAAGUACUACCGCCCAACGUGUUGUUAGUAUUGUAUAUGCAGUCAUUCAAGCUUUAAUCUCAUUAGUAAUUGGUGCAGCUUUUAUUUAUUUAGGUGGUACAUUAUUUAGAUCAAUGAGACAAGUUAAAUCAAAUCAAGGUGGCCCAGACUCUAAUUCGAAUCAACACCAAAAGAAAAUAUUUAUUGUUACCUUUACCUGUAGUAUUGGCUUUGUUAUACACUGUGUUUUCGUUUUGAUUUUAGUAGGUGCCAAUCCAUCAAAUAUUGUAUUUAGUUUCCUUGGUUUAAUUAUAACCGAAAUUAUUCCAUCUCUUUCAAUCUUUUACUGUUAUAACCAAGGUCAUUUCAGUGGUCUUAAACAAUCUACCAACACUGUUAAUUUAAGCUAUGUCACUCCAAAUAAAGAAAAUUUCUCAAAACAUAAAAAUUCAACUGUGACAGAUUCAAAUUUCUAUUCAACCUCAACAAAUCAAUCAAAAAAUUAUUCAUCAAAUAGUUCAAUUUAA